UGUUGCCAUGGCAACAGCAAAGAUAUACUGUCCGUGACCAAACAGCUGUGAACAUUGUUUUGACAUCUGGGAGAGAGAGAGAGAGAGAGAGGCGGCUGGAAAUUAAUUGGCGCCGUGUGCGUAGGAAGCAACCUAUAAUGAUUGUAAGCCUUACACAGAGACCAGUAAUACACAAUCCGCGGUGAAACUCAGUUUGAAUUCUCGGGGAACUAAUAGACGAGAUGGGCAUUGUUUGUAAUUUGUAACAAGCAGACAGUAUAAAGAUAUCCAAAAAUUAAGUUGUACAUCUCUCUUCCGGAGUGAUACAAUGAAGAGUAUUAACAAUUGAGACUGUACAAUAAGCAUACGCACGUAGAAUGGUCAAACGAAGAUUACAACCGCAGAAACAGGCGACGCCAUUGCCUGUGCAACCCACAAGACAGUUAAAGGAUUCAUUAAGGGAACAGAACCAUAACUUAUCGUCGUUCGAGAAAUACGUUGGUUUCUCUAUUUCCGAACUGAAAACAUGGGAACGUUUUGUAAAACUGUUGUUCAAACCCACAGACCCUUCGUCGCUUGGAGUUGUACGAGCACUCUUUGGGCUGCUGAUGGUCUUAGAUAUACCAGAGGAAAGAGGUCUCGCAGAUGCAGAUAUCCGUUGGGGGAAUCCAGAUGAGUGUCGUUUUCCCUUAUUCAGCAACCUUCAUCCUUUGCCACUGGAGUGGAUGUGCAUCGUUUACCUCGUUAUGUGGAUUGGAGCCUUUGGAAUUAUGCUUGGAUUUCAUUUUAAGAAGAGUUGUGUUGCAUUUAUUCUUCCAUAUUUUUACAUAUUUCUGUUGGACAAAGCAACUUGGAACAACCACACAUACCUGUAUGGGCUCAUUGCUUUAUUACUCUUAGGGUCAAACGCAAACCACUAUUGGUCAUUAGAUGCAGUUUUUUGUAAAGUGAAGUAUGAUUCACCAGUCCCAUUGUGGAACUAUGCCAUUCUCAGAGUACAGUUAUUUAUUGUCUACUUUAUUGCUGGACUGAAGAAAAUGGACCAGGACUGGAUUGAAGGUUAUUCUAUGACUAACCUGAACAACCAUUGGGUAUUUGAUCCUUUCAAGCUGUUACUAACACCAGAGCAAGUGGAUUAUUGGAUAGUACAUGUCAGUGGCUUUCUCCUUGAUCUAACAAUAGGGUUUUGGCUCUUCUUUGACAAAACAAGACCUUAUGCUAUAUUCUUCUGUACAACAUUCCACCUUAUGAAUUCAACAAUCUUUAGUAUUGGAAUGUUUCCAUAUGUAUGCUUGGCAACUAUGCCAAUAUUCUGCUAUCCUGAUUGGCCAAAAACUUGUAAUUUGAACAUCAAAAAGUUACUGUGGAGCCGCUCAUUAUCAAAGACUAAAUUGGAGGAGAAGAAGCUAAAGAAUUUUAAGUCUCAUCAUCAGCAGUCAGCUGUCCCAGCACAAACACUUUCACUUACUUGGAAACACAGUUUUGUUGCCACAUUGCUCAUUUCAUACACUGGCCUGCAGGUUUUCUUACCCUAUUCUCAUUUUAUAACAAAGGGGUACAAUAACUGGACAAAUGGACUGUAUGGUUAUUCAUGGGACAUGAUGGUUCAUUCAUGGGAUACUAUCAUGAUAGCUCUCAGAAUAGUGGACAAUACAUCAGGAAAAGAGCAUUUCUUAGACCCUGAGGCUUGGGUUCAGACCGACCGCUGGGCUAAACAUGCUGAUAUGGUGGUACAGUAUGCUCACUGUCUUAAACGGAAUAUUCUGAGCUACAAAAACAGUCAUGUUCCAGGCACUGAGAUUGACAAGUAUAUAACAGGAGACAACAUAUCAAUAUAUGUGGAUGUGUGGUGCUCUCUAAAUGGCCGCUUCCAGCAACGCAUGUUUGAUCCCAAUGUAGACAUACUGAGAGUGGAAUGGUCUCCAUUUGAGAAACCAUCAUGGUUAAUGCCUCUCCUAACUGAAUUCAGCUCAUGGAGGCAAAGAAUAAUGGAAAUGGAAAAAGAAGUGUAUUCAUGGUCUGAUUAUAGUGAUGCAUUGUUUGUUGCAGAUUUCCCAGGUCUUUACCUUGAAAAUUUUAUAGCAAAGGAUUUAUCAAAUGUGACACUUACAAUAUUAGAGGGAGAAGUCUUUGUGAAUGUCACCACGGAACGGAAAAACAUAUCAACAAGCCACUUCCUAACUCGGGGGCAAGCAAUUCGGAUUCCAGUUGGUGUUUUCCAUAAAGUGCUUGUGGUAUCUUCUACACCUGCUUGCUACAUGUACACAUAUACGAAUUACACAAAACAAUUGCUUGAAGAAGCUGACCAAUCAGAAAAUGUAGAGAUGCCAAACCCAAAUAAUGAUUUCUUUUCAGACUUAAAAUCCCAGAUAAAAACUUUUUUGACAGCCUUAGGUAUGAUUUUUAAUGCUAUUCUGAGUUUACUGUUCUCUGUCCCAAUGCCUAGACGUGUUAAAGUAGCAUAAAAUUUGUUGUGGACAAGAUACAUCUUUCAGUUUUUUCUAAUAUGUGACUACAUUAUUUUGGAAUUGACUUAUUUACAGAAAACUAGAAAAGUGCCAGAAAAUUAUUAUUCAGGUACUAAUUAGAAAUAAUGAUAACUUCAGAUAUAAGUAAGAAAAAGAAAAAUGCUUUACCCAUAGAAAUUAUCGGAGAUUCCAUGUUAGUCAAUAACUGUAGUGUACGUCUCAUACUCUGCAGAAUUCUCUAGUUUUCGCUUCAGAAAAAAAGUAUGCCCUGUGUUAGCUAUUUUUCAUUCCCCAAUUUUUGGUUCUAUAUUAAUAUAAUUUCACACCUGUUUAUCUUUUAUGGUGUUUUCAGUUCGUUUCUGAUCAUCUUAGUUUAUUUUCAAUCUAAACUCAUAAAUAAGGAUGUGGUAAACAUUGUCUAGUUAGUAUAGUAGGCACAUGUGAGAAAAUAAGUGGGAGAUAGUGACAUAUAAAUUACAUAUUUGAUUUAUCAUUUCAGUGUCAUCUGAUGAAAAUGGUAAAAUCUGUAAUGGAAGGGUGUAACAAAAAUUAAGAAAUGUAACUCUUAUCCAUCAUACUGUAAAAAUAGCAAGAAAAUAUCUGUGUUAAUUCAGUAUUGUAAGGUACAGUUCAGCUGGGCAGGUUGUGUUCCGUGCCUAAAUAGCUCAGUCAUAAAGUGUGUUGCCCAUUAAAGACAAGGUUCCAGGUCUGAAUCCCCAUCUAACACACAGUUUCAGUCAGUAUAUCACACACACACACACACACACACACACACACACACAAGGUGUAAUGGGUAUAAGAGCAGAUAUUUCUAUUGGUGAUUGAUAUGGUGUUUUGAACAACAUUACAUCAUCUUUUAUGUCCCUUGUAGACCAAUACUUAUAGCUACUGUAAGUCAUUUGAUAUUUUAGGUUUGUAAAACCUAAAAAUUGGGUAGAAAUUCCAAGUACCUGUGGCAAGAGCAAGCCAUUAUGCUUAUUUUCCCCUUGGCAGAAGAUCAGGUGUUGAAGUGCGGAUGUGUGGAGGCCAAAUAGUUAGUUAAUAUGGAUAGGAGUAGUCCAUUUAGUGAUGCAGUUACAACUGUGAAGAAAACAUCAGGUCACCAAAUUUGUGAUGUGUUUUUGGGAAAACUGUUUGAUGCAGGGGAAAAACAACCAAUACAAUGAUGUGUAUACAUAUUAAAGUACCACGUAUACAAUAUCUGCACCUAUACCCAUUACACACUGUAUAUAAAUUUCACACUACAAAUUAUCACAUGCAUGUUUAUGUGUGUAAAAAUACAUGUAAAGGGUGACUGAAAACUGCAUGUUGGUGAUGAUUUCUAAAAGCAAAGAAUAUUUGUAACUGGACAGAGAACUUUGACAGUGGCCAAGCCACCAAAUAUGCUUGUCAUAAUAGUACUAUGACCAAAGUCUAGAUGUUUUCUACAGAAGUAAGCUACCCUAGUCAUUUAUACACUGUAACUUGGAAUCCAAACUGUGAGGAACUCCUGGCAAACUACACUUGCAAAAUAAGUGUGGCUACUGAUGAAAGGCACACAAAAACUUCUUAGCAUCAGAAUUUCAACAAGAAACCUAAUCUCUCUCCAUGUGUUACAUGAAAAAUACUGUGUUGUCACAGUUCGGGACUAUUUGGUGCUAACAUCACUUUCAAAAUUCAAUUGUUUAUCUCUUGUGUGUAGUUUAAUACAAAGCAAAGAACGCUGAAACUAAAGCUCAUCUUCCAGCUGAUUGUCGUAUUUUAUAUUUGAAGUGCAAACAGUACAAAGGGAGACUUUAAAAAUGUGCAAUUAAUGACAAGCAAGGAACAUGUCAGGUGUUUUCACUUAUGGAUAUUCCUUUAAUUCUGGUAACAGAAGUCUGGUAUACUCUAAUAGCACUUUGUGUAAAUCAUUUUGUGAUUUGCUAUUAUUGUUCAGAAAGUGGUUGACAAUACCCCACAACAUGGGCGUGCUGGUUGGCAUCCAAGAAGAAUUUUGAGUAUGAGUCUGAAGACAAAAAAUGUGUAAGAUAUGUAUCACAAUAAAUGUGAAGUAUGGCAUAUAAGAUGGGCUUUCAAACCAAAUUUCAAAUGUGUUUAAUUUAAUAUCACAUCGUGACACAAAGCGUAAUUUUGUAGAUUUACUAUUGCCUUUGUAUUAAAUCUUAGGCACGCAGAUGAAAAGAGGCACAUCUUCAAAGGCAUGUGCUGCUAUUUUGCAGAGUCCACAUUUGUAUCAUGUUGGAAGACUUUAGGUUAUGAAGUUUUUUUUUUCCUUUUUUUUUUUCUCUCUCCACCUCAGCCCUCUGGGCUCUCACAAGCAGCAUUUUACUGUCUCUCACCCCUACUCUACUAUUCCUCCCCCUUCCUGCCCCAGCCUCCUCCUUGCCCCCACUACCCAGAUUGCUUCCCCCGUAACAUGCUGCCACUCACAAUCUGGUCUCGGCAGCCAGAGACUGUGGUCGUGCAUAUGUGAGUGAGUGUGUGUGAGUGCUGUGUGUUGUCUAAUUCUGAUGAGAGUCUUUUUGGCCAAAAGCUUAUUUGUUUGACUGUCUUUUUGUUGUGCACCUGUACAAAUUGGCAUCUCUGCUGUAUGUUGAGUAGUAGUUGAUCCUUUUCAAAAUACCAUCCUGGUUUUUCCUUUUUGUGUGUCUGGCAGCCCUGUUCUCAUUGCUGUUUCCUCAGAAAUUAACACAUAAGCAUUUCAUUGUUUUUAUUUUAUAUAUUUCUAAGAUAUGCUAUCAAUUUGCAUGUUCUGAAUUUAAAAUGUAAGCAUGGUUAAUGAAAUUUCCACGUUGUUGCACUCAAAAGAUAUUUUGACUUACAUUAUUCAAAAACUGUGCAUUAACCCUCUGUUACACAGUGUGAAUAUAAUUUAUUUCAGAUCUCGGAGUCAUUCAAACAUUGAUGUUUCUAAAGAAGUCAGGAUUUUUUUAUUUUGAAAGCUAUUUAACUAUGCAUACAUUUAUAUCUUUUUUCAGUUAAAAAAAAAACAAAGUUGAUACAGAUUGUCAUGUGGCUAACAUAUUGCAUUCACAGUUAAAUGUUAUAUUGAGUACCCCAAUAUUAAAAAUCAUGGUAACUUGAUUUAAGUUAAUAUGGUAUGUAAUACACAGUUAAAUUGCACACCAUCACAGUUAAAUUAUCAUCCAAAACCAAUCGAUAGAAAUUUUAAUGUGCAUCUGAAAUUGUGUAAUAUAUACUACACUGAGACCUCGUGCUGUUGCUGUGUGUCACCAUGGUAAAUAUUACUAUGCUUAAUCUAAGUUUCAUUUUAAGGAUAUGGAAUCAUUUUGUCACAUACAUGUGUAGCAAUUUUUUACUUUCAUAGCUGCAUGUGGUUUUACUAUGGACAAAUGCCCAUAUCAUGGAAUCUGUCGUCUAUCAAAUUUUCAUGUCAUUCCUUUGGUGGUAAUGACUGUUAUCUAUGACAGCUCAGCUCUGUAUGUGAAGCCCAGCAUUAAAAUGAAGUGAUGUGCCCCACAUCCAUGAGGCUCUCGUCAGUACAGAUCCAUGCAAUGAAGAGUUCAUAUAAUUUAAUGAAAACUUCCUAGUUAUGUGCCAAAUGAUGUUUAUAAAGUCAUACUGUGUAUGUAUUUUACUUUUACUUUUAUAACUACUAUUUUGUAUUAGGUGAUUAUUACUUUGACAAUGAGCUGCAUUGUUUAAACAUUGUAAUUAUGUUCCAGCUGUGUUAUUAGCAUAUUGGUUCAUACGUUUCAUUGUUAUUUCUAUAAAUACUAUUUUUUGUAAAUUAUUUCUAAUAAUGGUAUUUAUAUUCAUAAAUCUUUUUAACUAUUUACACAAAAAUAUUAUUUUUAUUACUAUAUUUUUUCUGAAAAUUUUAACUCUGGAAUGUACUGUACUGUUGUGUCUUCAGAGUUAUGGCAUUACUGCAGAAUAUACACUUUUUU